AUGACAGUUGAGGAAGCUAGGUCGACAAAGAGGCUGUGGCAUGGGACACCUAUCCUUGUGGUCAUCAGCAUCCUCGCAUACUUCUGCUUCUUGGAGCAAUUGCUGGUUGCGCACAACGGCUUCGCCGCCCUGGCGAUUUCGCUGCCAUUCUCAUGCAUCCUAGGCCUCUUCUCAUCACUCACCACAACAAGCAUGGUGGCGAGGAGAUACGUGUGGAUCUACGCGGCGAUCCAGUUCCUCUUCGUUGUGUUCUUCACUCAUUUGUUCUACAGAUAUCUGCAUCUGCAGGCUGUGAUAUCCAUCAUCCUGGCCACCUUUGCGGGUUUCGGCGUGGGGAUGAUUGGAAACUCCAUCAUCAUCGAGGUACUGAGGUGGAGGACUAUGGCCCCGGCUCAGCCGCGCCGUGCUCACAGGCCACCACGUGUUGCGCAGCAGCAGCAGCAGCCGGCCCCGGCAUCCGGUCAGCCUUCAGGCCAGCCCUCAGCCGUCGGUGAGGGACAGCGUAGCGCGACCGUCGACAUUGAGAAUCCGGCUGCCCCUCCAACAUAA